AUGAUAAAUCUUAUUGGUGAAUAAUCAUAAGAAAGGUUGUAUUUGUUGAAUAUUUUUAGAAAAUUGCUUAAAAUCUUAAUUAAAAUAGGAUUAAUAGAUUUAACACAAAUGAAUUAAAAUAAUAAUUAAACAAAUAAAACAUAUCAAAAUGAUAAUUAUAAUUAUUUGGUACCUGAAGUUGUGAAAUGUGAUUCUAAUUUUGAUAAGACUGCAGAUAUUUGGAGUUUUUGAAUACUUUUAUAUAAAAUUCUUACUAAAGAAGAUUUUAUUCAAGGUUUUAAAAAUCCUCAAGAAUAAAGACAUUAAUUAUGUAAAUUAACAUAAGAAUGGAUAAAUAAGUAUAUUAUUAAAACCAAGGAUUUGAUAUAAUUUGAGUAAAACUUUAUAAAAAGCAUACUACAAAUAAAAAAUACUGAAGGAAUUCGAUUAGAAAAUUUGCUGAAGGAAAUUAAUUGA